UUUUGAAACAAGCAAGAGGGGGGAAGUGAGGGGAAGAUCGUUGCCUGCUGGAUAGAAACAAAAACAAAACAACAGGAGUGAAAUAAUCCCGACUGUUGCCAGCGUUCUUCUAAUUUUGAAAUCGAAAAUUCGUUGCGAAUCCGUUGCGGCUCCUUCGCAAUGGAAGAAUCUUGCGAUUUUGUAACGACCGAGACGUUUCCCAGGGCAUUGGCGGUUGCCAAAAUAAAGAGGUCAAGAAUUGAAAAUCUUGUGUCCCUGAGGGAAUUGGCCAUGCAGAAAAUCAUCAGCUACGACGUCCGCAUCCAGUCGUCACCUCUGCUGCCACACUUGCCUUGUAAUUUGAAACUGGAAAUUUUGGACCGGAUGGAAGCCAAGGGCAUUGAAAGGGAGAAGCAGCUCACCAUGCCUGCGGUCAAGGACUUGAUUUUCAAAAUGGUCAACAGCCUGUUGGACGCUAAGACCAAGAAGUUCGACUUUGUCAUUUUCUCCACCUACCACAAGUCUGACCACCAGCGCGACCUGGACACUUGGAAACUGCUUGUCAAGAAGUGUCCGAAUUUGGAGAAAAUUUCAGACUCUCGGAAGCAUCCUGCGCCACUUUCAUAUGAAACUAACCAAGUAGUGAAAGGAGUGGGCAAAUUCAAGCUCCAAGUUGUCAAUACCUUCCUGCUCCAGUUGCCCAAUCUCCAGCACAUGCUCCUUGAGCAGUACCAGUGUGACGAAAAAGACAUGGCUUGGAUUGUGCAGCGCUUCCCGAACUUGAUCACCCUCGGUGUUUCCUUCAACAUGGUCUCGCCCCCCUUGUUUGCCAGCUUAUUUUGUCUGCAGAGGCUGGAAGACCUAAAAAUUCACUGGGAAGCAAGAUUGUGUAGGAAAUUGAGUCAGGAGGACCGAGAGAGGCAAUGGAACUUCUUGAAGAAUUUUGGUUUGGAGUGUGUCAAGAACUUGCCCCAAUUGCGUGUGUGCUCUAUUUAUCCUGAUUACAUGAGUAGGAUUCUCAGCCAUGGGCAGGAUCUCCCUGACGAAGAUCCAAGACUGCCGCCCCUUCAACUUGAGCAUGUAUCGACGAACCAUUUUUUCGACUUUCGUCGCACACCCUACUUGAGGCAUGUCAAGUUUGUUGGAAACAUUCUUGGAGACGUCUCACCAGCGCCCUGUGCCUUCUUGACCAACCUGAGGGUUUUGGAAAUGUUGGUGGAACUCAUACUGAAGAUUGAGGAAGAGCAGGUGGAUGUUUGCGACAUUUUCAUGCUUUGCCCGCGCCUGUCAAAGUUAAAGUACGAUUUUGGCAUCUACAUCAAUGAGACAAAGCCUUUCAACGACCAACUGGACGCCAGUCACUUCCAAAACCUGAAGGAGUUCUCUUUGGACUGGAGGCUCAGCUUCGCCUACGCCUCUCAAUUGAUGGCCCUCGUCCUGACAGCUCCACUUCUUGAGUGCCUCAUAAUGUGGAACAGCUUUACCAUGACCCCUGAGGUUUGCAAUCGAUUGCACCGGCCCUUGAUUAAGGGAAAAAUUCUGCAGCAACUCAAAAAGUUCAAGUUCGGCUCCCAUCUUGAGCAGCCUGCCGAGUUGCUCCAAUUUCUUCUGCUGCUUCCAGUCCAUGCUCCCCGACUUGAAAAGAUGGUGUGCUAUGGUGCUAAUGCUUCAUUCAAGAAACAGAUCCAGGAAUCCCCACUGCAAGACCUCAAUGCCAUUGAUCACUUUGAGUACACCGAAAGCAGAAUUGUGCGUGAAAACUAUGUAGAUGAAAUCGACGGAUAAAUACAAAUAAUUUAAUUAUUGUUGAAAUGUGAUGUUUUGUUUAAAAAUACAUUUUCCUCUCUAUCCUGCUCAUCCUUUGUAUAUUAUUGCAAAUUAUUUCAAAUUUAUUGAGAUCCCAUUAAUUUCAUUAUUAUGAUUUGUUAAUUAUUAUCUUAAUCUUAUUCUUUUAUUGAGAUGCAACGCAGAUUAAAACUAUUAUAAAUUUUUAUAAUAAAAACUGAAGCGUUCAGCAUUCACUGUUUCCGAGAAGCCGAUUUUGGAUAAACUGAUAUUCUUGCAUUUUAUUAAAAAG